UUUUUUUUUUCUUGGCGUUACCGUGACAGCAUGUAUCUCUGUUGCUGAAGAAUGAAGCAGGCAGGCUGGAGGUUUUUUAUGUUCAGUGCUUUUGGGACCACUAAAAAGAAGUCUGCAGAGAAAUACGUACAGCAGCUGUGCCAACUGAGUUUCUCAUGACUGUUAUCUGUCAUUUAUUCUGACUAAAAGGGUGAAAGAAUGAUGUGAUGGGUGUGAAUAUGGGCCGCUGGUCAGGCUCACGGCUACCUCCGUCAUGCCUCGCCCUUCUGGUUGUCAAGGUCCUGGCCUCCGUUUGCCAGGUGGCUCACGGGACUGUCCCGCUCGGCUUUCACUUCACACAUUCCACUUACAAUGCCACAGUGUACGAGAACUCCGCAGCCAGGACCUAUGUCAACAGUCAGACGAGGAUGGGCAUCACCAUGGCUGACCUUUCGUGGGAUAUCAAGUACAAAAUAGUGUCUGGUGAUGAUGAGGGCUUUUUUAAAGCAGAGGAAGUCAUCAUUGCUGACUUCUGCUUCCUCAGGAUAAGGACUAAAGGUGGGAAUUCUGCUAUAUUGAACAGAGAAAUCCAGGACAACUAUUUAUUGAUGGUAAAAGGGUCUGUCAGAGGAGAGGACUUGGAAGCAUGGACAAAAGUGAACAUCCAGGUUUUGGAUAUGAAUGACCUAAGACCCUUGUUUUCACCAACAACGUACUCUGUCACGAUAGCAGAAAGCACUCCCUUAAGGACUAGCAUUGCACAGGUGACUGCUACAGAUGCGGAUAUUGGGUCCAAUGGUGAAUUUUAUUACUACUUUAAAAAUAAAGUUGAUCUCUUCUCAGUUCAUCCUACGAGCGGUGUUAUCUCCCUGAGUGGCCGCUUAAAUUACGAUGAGAAAAACAGGUACGACCUUGAGAUUUUGGCAGUGGACCGUGGGAUGAAGCUUUAUGGAAACAAUGGCGUGAGCAGCACUGCCAAGCUUUAUGUUCACAUUGAACGUAUAAAUGAACAUGCCCCAACAAUAAGUGUAGUAACCCACAUCCCCUUCCCAUCAGACAAGGAGCCUACCUAUGCAGUUGUUAACGUUGAUGACCUAGAUGAAGGAGCCAAUGGAGAAAUAGAAUCUGUUUCUAUUGUGGCUGGAGAUCCUCUAGAACAGUUCUUUCUGACUAAAGAAGGGAAAUGGAUGAAUGAGUACAAAAUCAAAGAGAGAAAGCCUGUUGAUUGGGACAGCUUCCCUUAUGGUUAUAACCUCACUCUCCAAGCUAAGGACAAAGGAUCUCCUCAGAAAUUUUCUGCAGUCAAACUGGUGCACAUUGCUAGUCCCAGGAAGGAAAGUAUCCCCCUGAAGUUUGAAAAGGAGUCAUAUGAUAUUUUGAUCAGUGAAUUUUCACCUCCUGGUGUGGUGGUUGCAGUAGUUAAGCUGGUGCCUGAGCCACAGGGUGCGGAAUACAGAAUAUCUCCAAGUGAGGAUGCUGAGUAUUUUAAGAUUAAUCCCAACACAGGCCUUAUUACUACUGCUCGUUCUUUGAAAAUCAUUGAGAAGGACCUCUAUGAAUUAGAAGUAUAUGCAAACAAAGGUGGUGAUUUAAAAGCACAGGUUACUGUCAGGUUAGAGGAUGCCAAUGAUCACACUCCAGAGUUCCAGCAGCUCUCCUACAGCUCAUUCGUCAAUGAAAGUGUCCCAGUGGGGUCCAGCGUUCUGGCAGUGUCAGCAGUUGAUGAAGACAGGGGAGAAAAUGGGUACAUCACAUACAGUAUUGCCAGUCUGAACUCACUGCCAUUUACAAUAAACCAGUUUACAGGUGUCAUCAGCACAUCUGAAGAACUGGAUUUUGAGUCCUCGCCAGAAAGCUACAGGUUCAUUGUGAGAGCUUCCGACUGGGGUUCUCCCUACCGCCACGAAAGUGAGGUGAAUGUCACCAUAUACAUAGGCAAUGUCAACGAUAACAAGCCCCUCUUUGAAAAAGUGGCCUGUCAGGGAGUAAUUUCAUCUGAUUUUCCUGUUGGUGGUCACAUCACUGCUGUUUCUGCGAUAGACAUAGAUGAGUUAGAGCUUGUGAAGUACAAAAUAAUCUCUGGAAAUGAGCUUGGCAUUUUUUAUUUAAAUCCAGAUUCUGGUGUCCUGCAACUUAAAAAAUCUCUUGUUAACUCUGGCAUAAAGAACAGCAAUUUUGGCCUCAAGAUAACAGCAACUGACGGAGAGAACUUCGCAGAUUCUAUGUUCGUUAAUAUUUCAGUAGUUCAUGGGAAAGUGUCUUCAAAGACCUUUAGCUGUAGAGAAACUAGAGUUGCUCAGAAGCUAGCAGAAAAAUUGCUCAAAAAGGCAAAAGCAAACGUGAAGCUGAAUUUGGAAGAUGGUUUUCUUGAUUUUUAUUCAGUCAACAGGCAGGCACCUCAUUUUGACAAAUCCUUUCCUACUGAUGUAAAGGUUUCGGAAGAUCUGCCGGUUGGGGCCACCAUCCUGAGGAUAAAAGCCUAUGAUGCUGACUCAGGCUUUAAUGGAAGAGUACUUUACACAAUUUCUGAUGGUAAUGUAGAUAGUUGUUUCAACAUUGACAUGGAGAUGGGGAUACUUAGUGUUCUCAUGCCCUUGGACCGUGAAAAAACAGAGCUCUACCUCCUUAAUAUUACAAUUUAUGAUUUAGGUAAUCCACAGAAAUCUGCGUGGAGACUGCUGACUGUCACUGUGGAGGACGCAAACGAUAACAAGCCUGUUUUUUUACAGGACAGUUACUCGGUUAAUAUUUUAGAAAGUACAAGUCUUGGUACGGAGAUUAUCCAGGUAGAAGCCAGAGAUAAAGACCUGGGAUCUAACGGUGAAGUGACUUACUCAGUACUGACAGACACCCAUCAAUUUGCUAUCAACAGUUCCACGGGAGUGGUGUAUGUGGCAGAUCAGCUAGACCGGGAAGCAAAGGCGAACUACACGCUGAAGAUUGAGGCUAGGGACAGAGCAGAGAGCGGCCAUCAGCAGUUUUCUGUUGUGCCUCUCAAGGUGUUUUUGGACGACGUUAACGACUGCUCCCCAGCCUUUAUCCCGUCCAGCUACAACGUGAAGGUGCUGGAGGACCUGCCGGUCGGCACUGUCAUAGCCUGGUUGGAAACUCAGGAUCCAGACCUGGGCUUGGGCAGCCAGGUGCGCUACUCGCUGGUGAACGACUACAACGGGCGCUUCGAGAUCGACAAGGCCAGCGGCGCCAUCCGCCUCAACAAGGAGCUCGACUACGAGAAGCAGCAGUUCUACAACCUGACCGUGCGCGCCAAGGACAAGGGGCGCCCGGUUUCGCUCUCUUCUCUCUCUUUUGUGGAAGUUGAAGUGGUGGAUGUUAACGAAAAUCUUUAUACCCCUUAUUUUCCUGACUUUGCUGUCGUUGGAUCUGUAAAGGAAAACUCCCGCAUUGGUACGAGUGUUUUGCAAGUUGUUGCUCGGGAUGAGGACUCUGGAAGAGAUGGGGAGAUCCAGUAUUCCAUCAGGGAUGGCAGUGGCCUGGGGAGAUUCAGCAUCGAUGAAGAAACUGGAGUUAUCUACACAGCAGAUAUUCUUGACCGGGAGACCACCAGGUCCUACUGGUUGACGGUGUAUGCGACCGACCAUGGUGUCGUCCCACUCUACACUACCAUCGAAGUCUACAUUGAAGUGGAGGAUGUCAAUGACAAUGCCCCUCUCACCUCUGAGCCCAUCUAUUACCCAGUCAUCAUGGAGAACUCUCCUAAGGAUGUAUCUGUCAUUCAGAUCCAAGCCCAGGACCCUGACUCCAGCACUAAUGACAAACUGACUUACCGGAUUACAAGUGGAAAUCCCCAGAACUUCUUUGUAAUCAAUCCCAAAACAGGUCUGAUUACCACAACAUCAAGAAAAUUGGAUCGGGAACAGCAAGCAGAACAUUUUUUAGAGGUGACUGUCUCAGAUGGGGGCACAUCUCCCAAGCAGUCCUCGGUGUGGGUGGUGGUCCGGGUUCUGGAUGAGAAUGAUAACAAGCCCCAGUUCUCAGAGAAAGCCUACAAGAUCAAGCUGCCCGAGAGGGACCGCAAGAAGAGAGGGGAGCCGAUCUACAGAGCUUUUGCUGUGGACAAGGACGAAGGCCCUAAUGCAGAAAUCUCAUACAGCAUUGUGGAUGGCAACGACGACGGGAAGUUUUUCAUUGAUCCCAAAACAGGGAUGGUUUCUUCCAGAAAGCAGUUCACAGCAGGGAGUUACGACAUCUUAACAAUAAAAGCAGUGGACAACGGGCGGCCCCAAAAAUCCUCAACUGUGCGUCUGCACAUCGAGUGGAUAAAGAAGCCGGCGCCCUCGCCCGUGCCCCUGACCUUCGACGAGCCCUUCUACAACUUCACCGUCAUGGAGAGCGACAAGGUGACCGAGAUGGUCGGGGUGGUGUCUGUGCAGCCCUCCAGCAUCCCCCUCUGGUUCGACAUCGUCGGAGGGAAUUACGAUAGUUCUUUCGACGUGGAUAAGGGAGUGGGCACUAUUGUCGUUGCAAAGCCCUUGGAUGCAGAGCAGAGGUCAAUGUAUAAUAUGACUGUGGAGGUCACCGAUGGAACAAACAUUGCCACAACUCAGGUUCUUAUCAAAGUGUUGGAUAACAAUGAUAAUGGCCCGGAAUUCUCUCAGCCAAGUUACGAUGUCACCAUUUCAGAGGACAUCCUCCCUGAUACUGAAAUUCUGCAGAUUGAAGCUAUAGACAGAGAUGAAAAGCAUAAGCUGAGCUACACUAUUCACAGCAGCAUUGACACAAUCAGCAUGAGAAAAUUCAGGAUUGAUCCCAACACCGGGGUUCUCUACACAGCUGAGAGAUUAGACCACGAAGCUCAAGAUAAGCACAUCCUCAAUGUCAUGGUCCGAGAUCAAGAAUUCCCUUAUAGAAGAAACCUGGCCAGAGUCAUCAUAGAUGUGGAAGACUCCAAUGACCACAGUCCCUACUUCACCAGCCCAUUGUAUGAAGCCUCAGUGUUUGAAUCAGCAGCAGUUGGAUCAGCAGUCUUGCAGGUCACGGCUCUGGACAAGGACAAAGGAGAAAAUGCAGAGCUUAUCUACACUAUUGAAGCAGGAAACACGGGAAACACAUUCAAGAUUGAACCAGUUUUAGGCAUCAUUACAUUACUCAAGGAGCCAGACUUAACCACAAUGGGACAGUUUGUCUUGUCAGUCAAAGUGACUGAUCAAGGUUCUCCAGCGCUGUCUGCAACAGCAAUUGUGCGGAUCUCUGUGACCAUGGCAGAUAACUCCCACCCUAAGUUCACUCUAAAAGAAUACCAAGCAGAGGUUAAUGAAAAUGUGGAUAUUGGUACUUCUGUCAUUUCUCUCUCUGCAAUCAGUCAGUCCACGUUAGUUUAUGAGGUCAAAGAUGGCAAUGUUGAUGGAGUCUUCACCAUAAACCCAUAUUCUGGAGUGAUCACCAGUCAAAAGGCCCUUGAUUAUGAGCGUGCUUCCUCCUAUCAGCUCAUCGUACAGGCAACAAAUAUGGCAGGCAUGGCCUCAAAUGCCACUGUGAACAUUCAGGUUGUUGAUGAAAAUGAUAACCCACCAGUUUUUCUCUUCUCUCAGUACUCGGGCAGCAUAAGCGAAGCUGCUCCUGUGAACAGCGUGGUCCGGAGUGCAAGCAACAGCCCCCUCGUGAUCCGUGCCACCGAUGCUGACAGCAACCAGAACGCUUUGCUUGUCUACCAGAUUGUUGAAUCAACUGCAAAAAAGUAUUUCACCGUAGAUUCCAGCACAGGUGCAAUCAGAACAAUUGCAAAUUUAGAUCAUGAAACCAUAGCCCACUUCCAUUUCCAUGUUCAUGUUAGAGACAGUGGGAAUCCCCAGCUUACAGCAGAGAGCCCAGUUGAAGUGACCAUUGAGGUAACUGAUGUCAAUGACAACCCACCAGUCUUCAGUCAGGCCGUAUUUGAGACAGUCUUGCUCCUGCCCACAUAUAUUGGUGUUGAGGUUCUCAAAGUCAAAGCUUCAGACCCAGAUUCAGAGAUCCCUCCAGAACUAACAUUUAGUAUAAUUGAAGGCAGUAUGGAUCAUUUUUUAAUUGACUCAAGCACAGGGGUACUCACCAUUAAAAACAACAGUCUCUCCAGGGACCAUUAUAUGCUAAUAGUAAGAGUAUCUGAUGGGAAAUUUUAUAGCACUGCUAUGGUGACAAUAAUGGUAAAAGAAGCUAUGGAUAGUGGACUCCAUUUCACACAAAAUUUUUAUUCCACUUCUAUCUCAGAAAACAGCACCAAUAUCACAAAGAUCGCUGUAGUGAAUGCUGUUGGCAACCGCCUCAACGAGCCUUUGAAAUACAGCAUAUUAAACCCAGGGAACAAAUUUAAAAUCAAAUCCACCUCAGGAGUCAUUCAGACCACUGGCAUCCCCUUUGACCGAGAGGAACAGGAGCUGUAUGAGUUGGUGGUGGAAGCAAGCCGUGAGCUAGACCACCUCCGUGUCGCUCGAGUCGUGGUGAGAGUUUACAUUGAGGACAUAAAUGACAAUGCCCCCGUGUUUGUAGGGCUUCCAUACUACGCUGCUGUGCAGGUGGAUGCUGAGCCUGGUACCCUGAUAUAUCGGGUGACAGCUAUAGAUAAAGACAAGGGUGACAAUGGCGAGGUGUCAUACCUGCUGAAGGAAGACUAUGGACAUUUUGAAAUUGAUAGAGAAUCUGGUAGCGUCACUUUGAAAGAAGCCUUCAAUUCCGAUUUGUCUAAUAUAGAGUACUUGGUUGUCAUUCUUGCCAAAGAUGGUGGUAACCCGUCGUUGUCUGCGUUGGUAGAGCUCCCCAUUACUAUUGUUAACAAAGCAAUGCCUGUCUUCGACAAGCCCUUCUAUACAGCUUCUGUCAAUGAGGAUGUAGAAAUGCACAUGCCAAUUUUAAGCAUUAAUGCAACCAGUCCAGAAGGCCAGGGUAUCAUUUAUAUCAUUGUUGAUGGAGAUCCCUACAACCAGUUCAAUAUCGACUUUGAUACUGGAGUUCUGAGUGUCAUCAGCCCGCUGGACUAUGAAAUAAAUUCUCUUUUCAAGCUGACAGUGCGAGCCAGCGAUGCUCUCACUGGCGCUCGUGCUGAGGUGACUGUGGACUUGAUUGUUAAUGAUGUUAAUGAUAACCCUCCAGUUUUUGAUCAGUCAGCUUAUAAUGCUACUCUGUCCGAAGCUUCUUUGAUUGGGACACCUGUACUGCAGGUUGUUGCUACUGAUGCUGACUCUGACCAUAACAAGAUUGUACAGUAUCAGAUAGUCCAGGACACCUUUAACAGCACCGACUAUUUCCAUAUAGACAGCAGCAGUGGCCUGAUUCUGACAGCCCGGAUGCUGGAUCAUGAACUCAUACAGCAGUGCAGCUUGAAAGUCAGAGCAACUGAUAAUGGGUUCCCACCUCUGAGCAGUGAGGUUCUCGUCAGCAUCUCAGUAACAGAUAUGAAUGACAACCCUCCAGUUUUUAACCAGUUAAUAUAUGAAUCGUAUGUGAGCGAACUGGCACCUCGGGGUCAUUUUGUGACUUGUGUCCAAGCUUCUGAUGCCGACAGCUCUGAUUUUGACAGACUGGAGUACAGCAUCCUGUCAGGGAAUGAUCGGACCAGUUUCAUCAUGGACAGCAGGAGCGGUGUGAUCACCCUUUCCAACCAUCGCAAGCAGAGGAUGGAGCCCAUGUACAGCCUGAACGUCUCCGUGUCAGACGGGCUGUUCACCAGCACGGCUCAGGUGCACAUUCACAUCCUCGGGGCCAACCUCUACAGCCCUGUGUUUUCACAGAGCAUUUAUGUUGCAGAGGUGAGAGAAAACGCUGCUCCUGGAACGAAGGUGAUCCAUGUCAAGGCAACAGACGGGGAUUCAGGUGUAUAUGGCCAGAUCAGCUACUCCAUAAUAAAUGACUUUGCCAAGGACCGAUUUUUGAUUGAUGCAAAUGGGCAGAUUCUGACAACUGAGAGGUUAGACCGUGAGAACCCGCUGGAAAGUGAUAUUGAUAUAUUCUUGAGAGCCCUUGAUGGAGGUGGCAGGUCUACGUUUUGCACUGUGAGAGUGAUAGUGGUGGAUGAGAAUGACAAUGCUCCCGUAUUUAUGACGGUGGAAUACAGAGCAAGUGUCAAAUCAGAUGUUGGGAAAGGCUACUUGGUGACCCAAGUGCAAGCAGUAGAUCCAGAUGAUGGAGCCAAUUCCAGAAUUACCUAUUCUCUGUAUAGUGAAGCCUCUCUUUCAGUAGCUGAUCUGCUUGAAAUAGAUCCAGAUAAUGGAUGGAUGGUCACUAAGGGUAGCUUUAGCCAUCCAAAAAACACUGUUCUGUCAUUCUUUGUCAAAGCAGUUGAUGGUGGCAUUCCUGUAAAGCAUUCCCUCAUUCCUGUCUACAUCCAUGUUUUACCACCAGAAACCAUUUUGCCUUCUUUUUCUCAACCCCAGUAUUCUUUCACUGUGGCAGAAGACACCCUCAUAGGCAGUACUAUUGACAUUCUGCACGUUUUGCCCAAUCAGGGUGCUUUGUAUAGCACAGUUAAUGGUGAGCUACCCGAAAACAACAAAGACGGGGUUUUCAUCAUAGAGAAAGACACAGGGCUCAUAAAAUUGGAUAAGAGACUUGACCACGAAAUAAAUCCCACGUUUCACUUCAAAGUUGCAGCCACAAUUCAGUUAGACAAAGUAGACGUCGUGCUGACGGUGGAUGUGGAGGUGAAGGUGUUGGAUGUAAAUGACAACAAGCCUGUGUUUGAAACAGCUAGCUAUGAUGCUGUAAUAAUGGAAGGGAUGCCUAUAGGAACAAAACUUAUGCAAGUCAAAGCGGUAGAUGCAGACUCGAGUGCGAAUGGGCAGGUCACGUACACGCUUGCGGUGGAAUCGGAGCUGCAGAAGAUCACAGAAGCAUUCACCAUUGAUAGCAACAGUGGCUGGAUCAGUACACUGAAGGACCUGGACCAUGAGAAGGAUUCUGCUUUCACCUUUGCAGUGGUGGCCUCAGAUCUGGGGGAAGCUUUGUCCUUGUCCUCAACCACCUUGGUCUCAGUUACGGUGACAGAUAUAAACGACAACGCCCCCGUCUUUGAGCACGAGGUGUACAGAGGGUCAGUGAAGGAGAGUGACCCCCCAGGGGAAGUUGUGGCUGUUCUUAGCACCUGGGAUGAAGACACAUCUGAUGUCAAUCGGCAGGUUAGCUACCAUAUUACAGGAGGGAAUCCCAGAGGGAAGUUCGCUCUGGGGCUGGUUCAGAAUGAGUGGAAAGUUUAUGUCAAAAGGCCUCUGGAUCGGGAAGAGCAAGACAUUUAUUAUCUGAACAUCACCGCCACAGAUGGCCUCUUUGUGACCCAAGCUGCUGUGGAAGUGACUGUCACUGAUGUUAAUGAUAAUAAUCCAGUUUGUGAACAGGUUGCAUACACAGCAUUGUUUCCUGAGGACAUUCCACCAAACAAAGUAAUUCUCAAAAUCAGCGCUAAAGAUGCUGACAUCGGCUCCAAUGGUGAAAUUCGCUAUUCUCUGUAUGGCUCGGGGAACAACAAAUUUUACUUAGAUCCAGAAAAUGGUGAGCUGAAGUCUUUGGCCCCUCUUGACCGAGAGAAAAUCCCUGCAUACAACUUGGUUGCCCGAGCCACUGAUGGUGGUGGCAGGUUUUGCCAAUCAGAAAUCCAUCUUAUUUUAGAAGAUGUUAAUGAUAAUCCACCAGUGUUUUCAUCUGACCACUACACUGCUUGUGUCUAUGAGAAUACAGCCACUAAAGCUUUGUUAACAAGAGUCCAAGCAACUGAUCCUGAUGUUGGCGUGAACAGAAAAGUCACCUAUUCCCUGUCAGACUCCGCAGAUGGUUUCUUCUCAGUUGACCGGUCAUCAGGAAUCAUUAUUUUGGAGCAUCCACUUGAUAGAGAGCUUCAGUCCUCCUAUAACAUCACUGUAAAGGCCUCAGAUCAGAGCAUUGUGCUGACCUUAUCCUCGUUUGCCACCGUUACCAUUACAGUGCUAGACAUUAAUGACAACCCUCCCGUGUUUGAAAGGAGAGAUUAUCUUGUUACAGUGCCUGAAGACACCUCACCUGGCACCGAGGUCCUUUCUGUUUUUGCUACAAGCCAGGACAUUGGUACAAAUGCUGAGAUUGCCUAUCUCAUCAGAUCAGGGAAUGAGAAAGGGAAGUUCAGGAUUAACUCCAAAACAGGAGUGAUUUCCAUUUUCGAGGCUCUGGAUUUCGAGUCGUGCAAGGACUUCUACCUGGUGGUGGAGGCGAAGGACGGCGGCAGCCCGGCGCUGAGCGCGGUGACGACGGUGAACGUCAACGUGACGGACGUCAACGACAACGCGCCCACCUUCAGCCAGCCCGUCUACAGCGCCGUGGUCAGCGAGGACGCCGCCGUGGGCGACUCCGUGCUCAUGUUGAUAGCAGAAGAUCUGGACAGUCCUCCCAAUGGUCAGAUUCAUUUUUCCAUAGUGAAGGGGGAUCAAGACAAUGAAUUUUCAGUGGAUCCUGUUCUGGGACUCGUGAAGGUUAAAAAGAAAUUGGAUAGAGAAAGGAUAUCUGGUUAUUCAUUAGUUGUCCAGGCAAGAGACAGUGGUACCCCUCCUUUGUCUUCAUCUGUGACAGUCAAUGUGGACAUUUCUGAUGUGAAUGAUAACAGCCCUGUGUUUACUCCAGCUAACUACACAGCUGUAAUUCAAGAAAAUAAACCAGUGGGCACAAGCAUUUUGCAGCUGGUAGUGACAGACAAAGACUCUUUUCACAAUGGCCCCCCUUUUACCUUCACCAUCCUCACUGGCAAUGAAGAGGAGGAGUUUACACUGGACCCUCAUGGUGUUUUGAGAUCUGCAGUCAUCUUCAAGCACAUGGUCUCAACUGAGUAUGUGCUCUGCGUGCAGGCAAAGGACUCUGGAAAGCCUCAGCAGGUUUCCCACACCUAUGUUCAGGUGAGGGUUAUUGAAGAGAGCAUUCACAAACCAACCGCCAUUCCACUGGAGAUUUUCAUUGUCACCAUGGAAGACGAUUUUCCCGGGGGAGUCAUUGGGAAAAUCCACGCCACAGACCAGGAUGUGUACGAUGUCCUCACCUACACGCUGAAAUCAGAGCAGAGGAGCCUGUUCAAGGUGAACAGCCACGACGGGAAGAUCAUCGCCCUCGGCGGGCUGGAUAACGGCAAGUACGUCCUGAACGUCUCGGUGAGCGACGGCCGCUUCCAGGUGCCCAUCGACGUCGUGGUGCACGUGGAGCAGCUGCUGCAGGAGAUGCUGCACAACGCGGUCACCGUGCGCUUCGAGAGCGUUUCCCCGGAGGACUUCGUGGGGCUGCACAUGCACGGCUUCAGGCGCACGCUGCGCAACGCCGUGCUGUCCCAGAAGCAGGACAGCCUGCACAUCAUCAGCAUCCAGCCGGUGGCGGGCAGCAGCCAGCUCGACAUGCUCUUUGCCGUUCAGAUGCACGGCGGCGGCUUCUAUAAGCCUGCCUAUUUGAUCCAGAAGCUUUCCAAUGCGAGGAGGCACUUGGAAAAUGUGAUUCGCAUUUCUGCAAUCCUGGAGAAGAAUUGCUCCGGACUGGAUUGUCAGGAGCAGCACUGUGAGCAAAGUCUGUCUAUUGAUUCGCAUUCCCUGAUGACUUACAGCACAGCACGAAUUAGUUUUGUGUGUCCCCGCUUUUACAGGAAUGUGCGCUGCAUGUGCAAUGGAGGACUCUGCCCAGGGUCCAACGACCCCUGCCUGGAGAAGCCGUGUCCAGGGGACAUGCAGUGUGUGGGGUACGAAGCCAACCGGAGACCCUUCAUCUGCCAGUGCCCACCAGGAAAGCUUGGCGAGUGUUCAGGCCACACUUCCCUUAGCUUUGCUGGGAAUAGCUACAUUAAAUACCGUGUUUCUGAAAAUAGCAAGAAAGAGGAAUUCAAGUUGGCUCUCCGUCUGCGAACCCUGCAAAGCAAUGGGAUUAUAAUGUACACCAGAGCAAAUCCCUGUAUAAUUCUGAAGAUUGUCGACGGCAAACUCUGGUUCCAGCUGGAUUGCGGGAGCGGCCCGGGAAUCCUGGGAAUCUCUGGCAGGGCCGUUAACGAUGGAAGCUGGCACUCGGUGUUCCUGGAGCUGAACCGCAACUUCACCAGCCUGUCCCUGGACGACAGCUACGUGGAGCGCCGCAAGGCGCCCCUCUACUUCCAGGCGCUCAGCACCGACAGCUCCGUCUACUUCGGCGCCCAGGUGCAGGUGGACAACGUCCGCAGCCUGACCGACAAGAGGACCACGCAGGUGCUGAGCGGCUUCCAGGGCUGCCUGGACUCGGUGGUGCUCAACAACAACGAGCUGCCCCUGCAGAACAAGCGCAGCAGCUUCGCGGAGGUGGUGGGGCUGACGGAGCUGAAGCUGGGCUGCGUGCUUUACCCCGACGCCUGCGAGAGGCACCCCUGCCAGAACGGCGGCACCUGUACUGCCGUGCCAUCUGGUGGGUACCAUUGCAAUUGCCUCUCCCAGUUUACAGGAAGGAAUUGUGAGUCAGAGAUCACAGCCUGCUUCCCAAAUCCUUGCCGGAAUGGAGGCUCGUGUGAUCCCAUCGGCAACGCUUUCAUCUGCAGCUGCAAAAAUGGCCUGACAGGAGUAACGUGUGAAGAAGACAUCAACGAGUGUGAAAGAGAAGAGUGUGAGAACGGUGGCUCCUGUGUGAACAUCUUUGGCUCCUUCCUGUGUAACUGCACCCCUGGCUACGUGGGACAAUACUGUGGUCUUCGCCCCGUGGUGGUUCCCAACAUACAAGCUGGGCAUUCCUAUGUUGGCAAGGAGGAGCUGAUAGGAAUAGCCGUGGUCCUGUUUGUCAUAUUUGUGUUAAUCGUUCUUUUCAUCAUUUUUCGCAAGAAAGUUUUCAGGAAGAAUUAUUCCCGCAACAACAUCACGCUCGUACAGGAUCCGGCUACUGCAGCCCUGCUCAACAAGAACAAUGGCAUCCAGUUCAAGAACAUCAGGAACAGUGGAGACAGCAGGAAUAUCUACCAAGAGGUUGGGCCUCCCCAGGUGCCAGUCAGGCCGAUGGCCUAUACUCCAUGCUUCCAGAGUGACUCACGGAAUAACCUGGACAAGAUAGUGGAUGGGCUUGGCGUGGAGCACCAGGAGAUGACAACAUUUCAUCCCGAGUCCCCUCGAAUCCUGACAGCCAGGAGGGGGGUGGUGGUGUGCAGUGUAGCUCCAAACUUGCCUGCUGUGUCUCCCUGUCGCUCCGACUGCGACUCCAUCAGGAAGAGCACCUGGGAUGCGGGGACAGAAAGUAAAGGGGUUGAUGACGCUGAAGAAGUGACCUGUUUUUCAGGAAGUAAUAAAGGCAGCAACUCUGAAGUACAGUCCCUCAGCUCCUUCCAGUCUGACUCUGGAGAUGAUAAUGCUUCCAUAGUGACUGUCAUACAGCUUGUCAACAAUGUAGUUGACACUAUAGAAAAUGAAGUGUCUGUUAUGGAUCAAGGACAGAACUACAACAGAGCGUAUCAUUGGGAUACCUCUGACUGGAUGCCCAGCGCUCGCCUGUCCGACAUCGAGGAGGUGCCCAAUUUUGAGACGGCAGAAGGAGGCUCGGCUCAUCACGGCAGCGCCAGAGAGCUGGAAACAGAUUACUACCUUGGCGGCUACGACAUCGACAGCGACUACCCUCCCCCCCAGGAGGAGGAGUUCCUGAGCCAGGACCAGCUGCCCCCUCCUCUCCCAGAGGAUUACCCCGACCAGUACGAAGCGCUCCCACCCUCGCAGCCGGUCUCCAUGGCGAGUACUCUCAGCCCUGACUGCAGGAGACGGCCGCACUUCCACCCCAGCCAGUACCUCCCUCCCCACCAGUUCCCCAACGAGACGGACACCACGGCGUCUCAGACUGGCAACGAAUUUAGUACUUUUGCUGUUGGCCCGAGCCAGAACACAGAAAAUGUUAGUGCAGGUAAGAUGCCCUUAUCCUUGCACAACUCUCUCAACGCCUCCUCCUCUGACGUCUCAGCCGGCUGCGGCUUUGAUGACUCCGAAGUAGCCAUGAGUGACUUUGAAAGCGUGGAGGAACUCAGCCUAGAAAAUGUUCACAUUCCAUUUGUGGAGACCCAGCAGCAGACACAAGUGUAAAGGAAGCUCCUUUCUUCUUCCUCCUCCUCUUCUUUUUUUUUAAUUUUGUCAUUUGGUCCAAUUAAUAGUAUAAAUAUUGAGAAGAAAUUUUCUGAAGGUGUGUCUAUAUAUAUAUUGGGCAAAGAAAAGUGCAGUAUAACCCGUUAUUAACUUGUUCAGAAAUGAUACUGUAUGUGCAGACACGAAGAGACCAAUUGUGUUAAGUAUUAUACAUCACAAAAUUGUUACAGACAAUCUGGAGAGUGUGUACCUUCUAUUUAUUACCAAGAAUAAAACUCAGCUUUUGAGGCAGGGGGAAAAAUAACUGCUGAGUAAUUUCUUUCUCUCUCACAAAGUUGGGUUGUUUUGGGGGUUUUUUUGGCAUUGUGUUAUUAAAAGUGUUACAGUGUUAUGACCUCCCCACAGUAUUAAGGAACGGGUGUGCAUCAUUCUAGGAUGCACUGAUGCAUGAAAUUUUAUAUCAGCAAAGAGUGAAAGUAAUUGAUUGCUGGGGCUGCUGCAUACAACAUGUCAGCUGGCUAAAAAAAGCAACAUUUAUGAAUUGACCUAUCAAAGACAAGUGACCAGUUAUUUGUCCAUAAAUACUUAUUUAUACUUUUGUUUAUUACAUAGCAUUUCAUUCUACUUUGUAUAGAGUAACACGCAUACAUACAGUUUAUAUUUACUCCAAAUUGGCUUACUUGGUUGUCAUUUUUAAAUGUGUUAUUUUUAAAUAUUUCAAUGUGCAUAGCUUUGCCCAUGAGGACUUCCUGAAAUGCCAGAGUUUGGCUCAGGACUGGCCUGGUUUUGCCCCAGCUGUGUAUGCACAGCCUCUCUUAACAUGUAUGCAAUGUGAACACGGAUCUGAAAACGUGGGGUAGCCUACACAGCUGAUAACUUUUUUAAAAUUUCAUGCUUGGGCAAUCAGCUUUUUGACUGCAGUCCUCAUGCUGAAGUUACUGCAGUAAAAUUAGUUGCAAUGAAGUUACAUAUAAGGCUGCUGUAACCUCACAUCAUUAGUUUAACAUCUUUUGGCAAAUGUCCAUCCCUAGAGUUCACAGCUGCUGUGGACUUGACUCAGUCAGUGGAGCAGCAUGAAUGGACUGUGGCCAAAGAUCUGUUGCUAGAUUUUCCACUGGGUGCAUGAUUUUGUAGGAUUGUUUGCAGACUUCAGAAUAUUGAUUGUUGUGGAACCAAGAAAACCAUGGCAUCUGUAUGCUUUUAUGUUUCCCUCAGCCUGAUGGGAGUAAAUGGUCAUUCACAUUGAUUUGGUCAGAGCAGUCAAGUGCAAUCUGGAAAUAGGGGAUUUUCACUCAAUGUAUUAAAGCAGAGUAUACACACCUGUUGCUUGGUGCUCUGAAAAUGUUUUUACCACUGCAUUUUACAGCAUCUGUGUACUUUACCUGUGAAUGUGAGUCUACAAUCCUGCAUUACUGGUGGGUUUUCAUCCAUUUCUUCCAUGGCAUAAUUCUGUCAUUUUGAAAAGCUGUUGAAUACCUAAAUCAUUGUGAUAAAUGUACAAUAUUCAUUAGUAGGUUUCCCAUGCUGCUUUCCCUGUCCUGUCACUUGGUCAGUCACCUUAACUGGAUAGUUUUCAGCAGUUGUAUGCCAGGGUGUUCUUGACUUCCAUGAGUUUCACACAAAAUUAAAUGUGGGCCAUUUCUUAACAUACAGGAAGGAUUUAUUCAGAAAUUUUCCCCAACACAAAGAAAUUACUAGUAGAAUGUAACUUAAAUAAUUGCAGCUUGUAACACUUUUAAUAAAACAGGAUUUCUAGAAUUCUUGGAGCAGGUACAGUGUGUUGCUGCUUCCCUCCAAUAUCUUGUACAGCUGUGAAAGAUUGGUGUGGAUAUUUUCUUUGGGAUGAUGCAGCAAUUCUUCAGUAGAAAACAGCUCAUUUUGCAGGCAUAUGAAUAAAAUGAGUGAACUUCUGGAACAAAUGUACUGCACAUACAAGUAUUGUCAAGUACUUGUCUGCAAAUAGGUCCUGUCCAUUGAAUUUAUGAAUGUCACUUGGUCUUCUCAAAGUAAACAUGCUUCUGUAACAGUGAUAUAUUCUGAAUGUGCUCACGGUGCGUUUCAAACCCCUUCCCCUGAUAUUAUCCCUGUGUUUUUAAGAAGAAAAAAAUACAGAAAUUUGUAUUGUGAUUGCAAGGAACUGAGGGAUUUGCCAGAAAGCCAUAAAAUGGUUUGGCAAGCCUAGAGGCACGGAUAGAGGAUAACUCAUAUUGUUCAUGAAGUCUGUGUUACAGGAAAGGAAAUGCAAUUAGAUUGAUGUCUCUUCAAGAGUUAGGAGCAUCAGAGUUGGCAAAGCAAUUCUGCAAAUAUAGCUGCACUUUUAAAGCUUGUAUGACCUUCUGAGAACGUGAUACUCUCUUAGUGUCAGGCUGCAGUUUACAUGAGGUUUGCUCCUACUCAGUUUUGGUUUGAGGCAUUUUUAUCCAUUAUGCAACUAAUUCUGUUCAAGCCCCCAGCUAGUUAUUAGGUGUACUUGUCACCUGUCUUCUGUGGUGAAAGUUCUUGCGUAAGCCUGAGACACCAAUAUCAAACCUUUACUGGGACAUAUCAAAAGUGUCACUAGGGACCACGAUGGGGGCCUAGUGAUUGCCAUACAAAAAAAAAAAAAAUCAAUGUUUCUUACCAAGCUUGUUGCCUCAGUAAUACAUUGUUGGUAGUGAGUUCUAGUAGUAAAAUAUGCAUAAAUACAAUGUAUAGUACUUUUUCUGUUUGAUGUUGUUGCCAUUUCAUUUCACUGAACACCUACUUAUUAAAGUGCUGUUGGGAAGGUGCAAAGGAUCACCUGUUCAGCCUUCUCUGUCCUAUUCAUGAUUUCUAUACCUCAAUAUCUCCUCCCCUCCAAAUCCAUCUUCAGAUCCCCCUUUGUGAAUAUUGGUACUUCUGUGGCCAUUCUGGUUUUGUUCAGGCUCUUUUUGAUAAUUAUAAGACCCAAAUGCAGAUCUAAAGGUGAAAUACCUCUUAGGGAGUAAGAGUUUCAUACUAACAUCUCUUGUUAAACCAAGACAUUUUAUUUUCUUUUUAAUUACUACUCCACAUGAACAAGUCAAAAUCUUCUAAUCUGGAAGAUAAGAACACAUUCAUAACAUAAUGUAAGAAUUGCCAUUCAUGUUAGCACUUCUAGUAUAUAUUUCCUUUUUCUGCCAUAUGAUGAUUUUUAUAUCAUUGCUGCUGUUGGGUCCUUGGUUCUGCAAGAGCUACCCUGCACAUUCUGCCUAUCCUAUGUGUCUGUAUUUCAAACUACAUCCCUGUAGAUGGCUCCACUACACGAUAUUUUCUCUAAGAAUCAUCUGUAGCAGAUGAUUUCAUGGCUUAAUGAAGUAUUUUUGAGUAUCACUGGCUUAUAACUUAGGAUCAAGGAAGUUUUUGCUUUUUGGAAGGAAGCAGCAAGAGAAAAAAAAAAAAUGCAUCUUGUUGAAAUGCAAAUACACAUCUAUAUCAGAAAUCACAAACUUUGCCAGGGGUGUAUGAGUCUAAGUAAAAGGGUGCUUGUUCUCUGCAUUUUGAUCAAGUUGAGAAUGUCAUGCACAGUGCUGGCCUUUUUAAUAAUGUUGGCAAUGGAAAGAGUCUUACAGUGACUACAGCAUGAUUUAUUCUGCCAAUACCACAUUAGGUGGCAUCGUGCAAAAGGAAAAAUUAGGCUUAUGUACCAUUCUUAAGUAUGUUACGUAUUAUAAACAUUAAAAAAAAAAAAAAAAAAAAAAAAAAAAAGCCAACCCCCCUCCCCACACACAAAACUAUAGAUAGUGGAUGUAGUUGCUGUCCUUGACCAGUAUCUUAAAGUGGAAUAAAUGGCUAGAUAUGACACCAUGGAGAUGUAGAAUCACUUCCCUCCCAUGGGAGAAAAUGGACAACCCCACUAGACAGCCCCAGCCAUAAAAUUUCCUUCCUCUAGGACCUUCCUAUAGAAUAUAGUAUAUGAAGGCAACCAGGAGGACUUUGGUAUGCAGAGAUUCACUAAAGAACCAUGAUUUCCCGUCAAUCAAGCUGUUUUCCUUAAGCUCAGUGACAUCUUUGAUCCUGAACUGUCCCACGGAUUUCUUUUAACAUAUAAUUCCAGUAAAAGGCUGGAAGGAGUCAAAGGCUUCUCACUGCCAUUGUUUUCCUGAACCUGAAAGUUGUCUACUCCAUCUGUCAAGCAGGGUCUCCACCCCUGUGUGUCCCAAAAAGAGCUUAAAUUUUGGUCUUUGGAAUUUUUUCUCCCGUUCUCUAAAUUCUCUAGUGUCUGAAGUAGUGAGAGCCUUGAUAUAUCAGUACCCUCUCUAGUCAGUGUGGCUGCAGCACAGUGAAUAAAAGCAUGUCAUGAAAUGCUGAUCAGUGGGGAGGCCAGCAGCCUCUUGUGUCUGUAAGCCAGGCAGAGACAUGUUGAGAAUAUGACAUAAAAGUUGUUGCUCUUGUCUCCUAUAAAUUCCAUCACAAAGAAAAAUGUGGGCUGAACAGGACAAAUGGCUGAGAACACACUUUACUUCUCAUCGAGCUCCUGCUUGAAAAAGCUAUAUGGAUGCUAUAGUAAGUAUAUCCUUACAGUCAAUUCUAACUGCAGUCAUGGGAGAGGGGAGUUGAAAGUGCCCUGGACCAGUUCUGCUAAGCUUCAUUUGAAAAAGAAGCAUCCUUAAUAAUGGAGGAAGCCAGCUCUUCAGAACCAGUGUGAAAGUACAUCUGUGCUUUGUAGAUAAUGUUUGGAGCUAUUCACUCAGUAAUAAUGGGCAUUUCAUUGGUUUCCAACAAGAGAGUUACAUCUUCAGCUUCAUUCCCUGGUGAUUUACCAUCAUUUACCAUGUGGUAGAAACUGCUUCUUGCCUGUUUGCAUCUCUGCUCCUCUCAAUGCACCAAACUGUGAUUUGAGCCUUAGAAAUUUAGACCAUUGCCCAUUACUCAUGGUUUUUAGCCUGUGUUCAUGAACUUGACAUUUAACAUCUCCAUUAUCAGAAGGGCCAUUCAGUUAGUAAAUUAGCUGCAUCAUCCAAGGGAUGGGCGGAUGGGGAGGAAACUAAAUUAAAUUUGUUUCUUUAUGUAAUAAUGAAAAGCAAUAAUUGCAAGUAUGUCGUAUUACACAAAGGCCAUAAGUAAUCUUUACCAGUGUUAAGAGUGCACUUGAACUGUAUUGUGGAAAGAGGUUGGAGCCCUCAGAGCUGUAGCAUUCUUUUGUCAUAGGAAUACCUGAAACACUAUUAAUCAGCAAUGCAAUGAGCCCAUACUGCCGCUUUUCAGGAGAUGACAAAGAUGUUUAGGAGUGAAAGCAGUUCUCUUUAAAGCACUGUAUUGGAAAAGAUUGUCUUGUAAAUUUUACCUGUCUCAAGCAGGCUGGUUUGUAAAGAUGUAUGUUUUGGUGUUUAAAAAGAAGUUUAUAAAAUAAUGUAUAUAAUGGUUUCAAAUUACCAGGCUUUUGUAGAUAUUUGAUGCCAAUCAGGUUGCUUUAAUUUCUUUUGUUUGUUUGUUCGUUUGUUUGUUUGAUAUAAUUCUAAAGAGUCAUCAAAGUUGGUUUAAACUUCUAAGAUAACAGAAAAAACAAAACGGUUUUAGAUCUGAAAACUUUUUAAUCAUUUCAAAAUGUACUGUAAGUUUCCUUUGGGUUGAGUUCUUUUUGUUUAACUUCUUUCUGGUUUUAAGAAGAUUUUUUUAUUGAAUUUUUUAAAUGAAUGUGUUUUGCACAAAGAACCUAGAGAUAUGAUUUUUAUUCCAUUUCAAGUAGGUAUUUAGAAAUGUCAUUUUUCCAAUGACAACAAAUUCAACCUUAUGCAAAAGGGAAGGUUUAUCACUUUGAGUGGGUAUAGUUCUUCAUCUGAAAACUAAUUGUUCCUUCAUAAUUGCUGUUGGCAGUAUUGUCUUGUGUUCUUUUGCUAUAAAAACAACAAAAAAAAAAGUGUACAGGUUUGUAACUGCCAAAAUUUGCUAAAGUUGAUGGUUAAAAUAAGUUUUCCAAGUAAACAAAAAGAA